UGAGUCGUUGACUCCCAGUGGGAGUGAUGGCAGAAAAAGAAAGGUUUGUUCGUACACAAAGGAGUUAGAGAAGAUGGUAAAAUUGCGAAAGGAAAUUUUAGCGCUAAGGGCUGCUCAGGCUAUUGUGGAUGCCCGACUUUUCAGCAUAGAGCACCCCCAUCAAGUUAUUUCAAGCAUUCCUUUUGAAGAAAAAGAGUUUGGUGAUUCAGGCUCUCUUGAUAAAGCAUUUCAAGCAAUCGGGAGCACCAAGGACAUAGCUCCAGAUUUGUCUACCAUUGUUGUCUCUCUGGCUUUGUUUGAUGAGGAUAGAAUGUUAUUUGCAUGCUCAGGCGUAGCUCUACCACCUGGGACAACUUCCCUAGAGCUAACAAGAUUUGUGACUUCAAGACGUUUGGUUGAGGAAUUUGAGAAGUACAGAAAUGUUGAUGAUAAAUUGAGGAUUGAGGUGUGCCUUCCAGAUUGUACACAUAUCGAUGGGUUCUUGGGACUAUAUGAUGAUAAUAUUGCUAUUGUCACGUCCUUCAAUGAAUUCCCGCAUGCUGUUUGUCCUGUAGAUCUAGACCUCGAGGCACCUCCUCUUGAUACUAAGGCAAUAGUAGCUGCUCGUGCUUUCAAAUCGGGCCGUUUGAUGAUCACGUCUGGGCGUCUGACUGGAGACGGCCGUGCACACUGGAAGCAAAUCUCAGAGGCUGCAGUUGGAGGGCCAGUUGUCGAUCAUAAUGGGAAGCUUCUUGGGGUGAACCUUCGUAUCGAGGACCCUCGUCCCUGGUUCAUACCACUGAAGGACCUUCAUGGGCGCUUGAAGCAUUUUCAGAUACUCAAUACUAAUACAAAGGACUUCCAUGGAUAUUCCUUGUCUGAAGGUGUAUCAAGCAUAAUCCCUUCAGGAUUCUGGAGGAGAAUUAAGUGGAUAGAAUCCGUUGGCUAUCCCAUCCCGCCACCACUUGUGCUUGAAUUCAAUGGGGAACUGCUCGAGACAUUUGAGGAUGAGUUUGGUGAAUUGCGUGCAUGGAAAGAGUAUCCUUACCCUGUUUCAAACCCUGGUUCUACAGAGCAUGUUUGGGCACUACUUCCAAAAGAUGUUGUUACAAACAUAUCCCUAAGUGUUGUCAGACUUGCUUCAUUCGAUGGAAGUGUGAGGUGUUUUGCAUGCACGGGCUUGCUUAUAAAGUGGCCUGGAACUAAAGGCAUGCGCCCUGUCAUUCUCACUUCGGCCAGUUUGGUUAGAAGUUGUGGUGAUCACUUCAAGAUUGAUAAAAACUUAAGGAUUGACGUGUUUCUCCCACCGAGGCAACAUGCCAAGGGGACAUUGGUAUUCUACCAUUUAAAUACCAAUAUUGCCAUCAUCAGGCUUGAGCAGGCUAUCCGUGGCAUUCAUCCAGUUGAUAUUUGCUCUGAAGAGGAUUUAUAUAAACCGGUAGUUGCUGUAGCACGUCAAAUUGAAGAAGGAUUUUUAAUGGCCUCAAAGGGCAAAGUGUGUCUUGACAAGUCGAGCCUGAUUGAUUCCAUGUUUCCAGUGUCCACUUGUAAAAUCAGUAAGGCGGGGAUUGGAGGCCCCCUUAUUAAUUUUGAUGGGACUUUUGUUGGUAUGAACCACUAUGAUGGAAGCGAAGAAACUACUUUCCUUCCAAGACUUAAGAUUGUUGAAAUUUUAAAAGGAGAGGUUAAUCAGCGAAAAAAAGGUGAUUUUUCUAUGACUUGUUGCUAUUUAGGUAGGCAUAUACUUAUUUUCACUACACCACAAUGUUUUUUUCAACCUCACCACACUACAAUGUUGGUUUGCAGUGGGUUGUCCAUGAGAGUGCUGCAUGGUGUUGGAUCUGGGAUACGUCAGAGAAGGUAUUUUCUAUCUGUUCCUUAAUACCCUCUUUUUGUGGUAGCAUAUAUUCCAGUAUUUAGUUAAACUUACAUCGAAAAAGUAUUUUGUAUGACAGUUGGCCUGUGCCCAAGCCAUACUGGUACCGUGGUUUACUUGAUGUGGAUAUGUAUGAUCUGCCCCCACGGGUUGGAAGACAACUCCAAUAGAAGUCAUGGUGCUGGAGUGUUGGAAUGCUAUUCUCUGUAUGUCCUUGUGCUAAUUUCUGAUGGACUGUAGUGCUAUUUAUUGUGGGGGCUGUUCUUGUUCUGUUCAUCUUCUACUAAUGGACCUGUAAUGUGUAUGUUGUCUAUUCUGUGCUUAUAUAUAAGAUGUACAAAGUGGCUAAGCUGCAA